AUGCCGACAUGCAAAUCUACCGUGCAUUCCUUAUUUGGAAAAGCUUUGCAAAACUGUGGUGUUCGAAGCAGUCCCAAGGAACCAGUGUUACCGUUACGAAGAAUCGUUGGCGGGAAAACUGCUUCUGUCCAAGAGUGGCCCUGGAUCGCAGCCCUGUUGCUAAACAACGAAGUCGUCUGUGGUGGAUCUCUGGUUGCUCCUGGUUACGUGAUUACAGCGGCACAUUGUUUUAGUACAGAUGCUGAUAUAAACCACUGGAAAGUUAUUCUGGGGCAAAAUAGACCAUUGCAGAGUCAUUCCAAUGCUGGCUCGAAUAUUAUAUCUCUCAAGAAACAUCCUUUAUUUCUGAACAACGCUCCUACCUUUGAAAAGCCGAGUGACUACGAUAUAGCGGUAAUAAAACUAGCUUCAAACACAACUCUCGACAACUCAAUUCUUCCAAUCUGUCUUCUCCCUGAGGGAGCAUCAUUUAAUCUGAAAUCGAACUGUCACGUGCUAGGCUGGGGACGGACAACAUGGAGAGGUCCCCAAUCGCCUGUUCUCCAGGAAAUCAGAGUUGAUAUGGUGCCAAUCGAAAUAUGCAACCGCGAGGAGUGUUACAACGGUACUAUCCACGAAAGGGUUUUCUGCGCGGGACCUGCGUCGGGUGGAUGUGGACCCUGCCAGUUUGAUAGUGGUGGACCGCUGGCAUGUGAAGACAACGGGCUCUGGUACCUUAAUGGUCUUGUGUCUUACGGGAUAGGCUGUGCUCUUCCUAAUAAAUACGGUGUCUAUUCGAAUAUGUACCAGUUGACAAGCUGGGUUAAAAAUGAAACUUCUUUGUAG